ACACCAGCGUCAGUGCUUGUGAAGAAUUCGAACAAGCCCUGAGAGAAGUCGAGAUCUCCCUCGUUGGGGCAAAGAUAAGGGAGUUGGCAAAGAAUAAAUGGAAACCAAGCGGACGAGACGGCUCGGAAAUGUCAGACGUGAUGGAGGUCGGGCUCGGCAUGAAACAGUCGUACGAAUUGAUUGGGCUGCAUAUAAUCACCGCAAGCGCCGCUGGAGAGUCGCGGAGCGAGGAAGGAUUAGCUAGAGCGCUGGCACUAGGGAGUGUUUCUUACCGAUAUAGUGGCGAGGAGCGUCAUAGGGAGUGGGGAGAGCUAGGUGAGCAGCAGAUAGGAUUUAUCGAGGUCGAAACAUGCCUGUUUUAUGAUCUGUUUGGGAGUGAUCUACGAGCUGAAGGAAGGGGACGGGGACAAGUCGCAGCUCUAAAUAUGGGCCAAGCCAAAGGCGCGUGCAACCUGGGAAUGCCCACUCAAUGCCGAAACAUGUAUCACCGAGGGAUUCCGGAUGGCCUGAGGUUCCGAGGUAUUUGGGCUGCUUACGUAAUGAACUCGGCGAGGGUGUCUCGGGGUCCUCCGGGCCAUAUGUCACCGGGUGGCUCCUAUAUAAGCCUGAUCGAUGGUCAACUGUCGAGUCCUCCCCCUUCUCCCCUCCCCUCUUCUGCUUCUCUCGGAAAGCACGAUAUGGAUCUGUUCUCUUUCAUCUUUAGCAACAUUGCUCUCGAAGCAGGUGUCGCUGAAGCCGAGGUUGAGCAGCCAACGAGUGGCCAGGCCGAGGACCAGCAGAACAUCGCGUACUAUAU